AUGACGCGCCGAACAAAAGGAAUCGAGAUGAAGACAGCUUUAGGCGUAUUCAAACUGAAAAUGGAACCAAUUUAUGGAGACGAUCCGUCAGAGCCGGUGGGUGUGUCUACAGUGUGUGCUAAUUGUGAGUGCACAAUUGCAGAUAGGUAUAUUAUGCGUGUGUCCAGUCGAUCUUACCACGAACGGUGCCUUAAAUGCACGACAUGUGGGUUGAAGCUCGAUCGGUCGUGUUUUGUGUGGAACGCAAAACUAUACUGCCGUCAAGAUUAUGAAAAGUGCGUAUACCGUAGUUGUGGCAGUUGUGGUGAUCAUAUCGCUGCUGGUGAAUUGGUAAUGCGAGCAGGCGAGUGCGUUUUCCAUGAACAGUGUUUUGUUUGUGUAGUGUGCGGUAUACGUCUAUGCACUGGUGAUCAGUACGUAAUCAAGCACUCUCAGCUAUUUUGUCGUCCAGAUUAUGAAAAAGAGGUGAACAUGAUGAGAGACGAAAUCAAUCGAAACACAGGAGAUUGGAGUUAUAACCAUGAUGGCCGUCGUGGACCUAAACGUCCCAGAACGAUACUCACUACCCAACAACGACGGGCGUUUAAAGCAUCAUUUGAACUAAGUCCAAAACCGUGUCGAAAAGUUAGAGAAAGUCUCGCCCACGAUACAGGCUUAAGUGUUCGCAUUGUCCAGGUUUGGUUUCAAAAUCAAAGAGCAAAAAUGAAAAAGAUCCAAAAAAAAGCAAAACUUAAUAGCAAUAGUUUAGUUGCCACAUCCAAUAAUACUAAUGGAAAUAAUAUUUGUAGUGGAGCUGAAAGUGGUAAUUCGUGUAGUUCGAGUGGACUUAUACAAUCAGCUAUAAAAGACGAACAAUACAGUUCUGAUGGUUGCGAGGAUGGUGUAUCCGGAAGGUUUGAAACGACUCAACAAGAAUCCCAUCGACAACCUCAGCAACAAAUGCAUGAGCCUUUUCACAUACGACACCAAUCUCUUGCGGUUGUAAAACAAGAUUCCAUGCCUUCGUUUCUACAACAACAGCCUUUUGGUAUAUUUGGUCAAGACUUGAACAACCGCCAAGAACCAAAUUACUUAACACCAGAUAUAACGAUACCCAAACAUAUUUAUGGCGGUUUCGUAUCACAGGAGACUGUUAUUCGAUGUGGAUCAAACCCUAUCGACCGACUGUACUCAAUGCAAGCGUCAUAUUUUUGUAACAAUAUAUCUGACGACGCCAGUUCAUUACAGCUAGACGAACACCAAUAAUAAAAAAAUUGAUAUAUUAUUAUUAAUAUUUUAUUCAUCACAAUUGUAUUGUAUUUAUUUUGAAUGUGCUUAAGACUUAAGUUGACUUGUAACUGUGUUAAUUUGGCAAAACCAUUUAUUGUUAUUUAAUAGAUUAAAUAAAAAAAAACAAUUAUUACAAUUA